UUCACAUCAUAGCGCUUGGAGUAAUUUCGGUUAACGCGAUGCCUGUAACACCCUGUGUGAUUUUUUUCGGGGUGUUUAUGAAGAGGAUACACGGUGCGAUUCGGACGCGCGAGCGGAUGCAGUGUAUGCGUUUCAUUGGUGAACACAGGGAUCCCUUGUGAUGUCCUCCCCCUCUCCCUCUCGUGCGCGCGCGCGCUGUCUGCGAGUGCGUUAGCGUUAAUGGCUCCUCCUGCGCGAGAGAGAGACACCGAGCUCCAGCACCGAGCAGCACAGGGGGAGCUGUCCCAACACCCCGAAAAAAAAAAUAACUAGCUCUCCGUCAGCGAAAUUUGAAGUGUUUACGCAUUUGACUUGGUUGAUAUUAAUCCGAGGACCCCCAUGUUAACGACGGAAGAGGAACGUUAGAGGAAAAGCGUUGUGAGUUUUUGAAACAAACAAAAAAAAAAAUCAACUCGCCAAAUGAACUCCGUCAGAGCGACCAACAGAAGACCCAGGCGAGUAUCGAGGCCGCGCCCGGUGCAGCCCGAGAGGAACAACGGCGAGAGAGGUACCAAAUGUGCAGUAGGGAGGAACAGACUGUAGACUGCUCAGGUGAUCAGUACACCAGGUACUGCAUGUGCAUUCAAGCACAGACGUGAUGCACAGGUAGGGAUGCUGCAGUAUAGGUUAGUAUAUAAUGGGAACAAAAAAAAACUUCACAUUGACUUGCUUUUAUAGGGUCAAGGAAGAAUUUGAAGUUGCACAAUCCACAAAUAACUUACUUAAUUUUGUAUUAUUUUAAAUAUUUCUUUUAUGAUUUUUGAUAGGACUAGAUGCGGAACAUUUGAGUUUGCCACCGUCGAUGAAGUGACGCAAUUCCCUGGCCCUUUGCAUUUAGACCAGUGGUUUUUGUUCUGUGCCUCGGAUGAUUUUCCUGCAAAUGAGGACGUCCCUGCAGAUAUGGUUGCAGAAGAAUCUGGUCCAGGAGCUCAAAACAGUCCAUAUCAACUCCGCAGAAAGUCCUUGUUGCCUAAAAGAACCGCGUGUCCCACAAAAAGCAGUAUGGAGGGAGCCUCCACUUCAGCAACAGAAACCUUUGGUCACAGAGCAAAACGUGCCCGAGUGUCAGGGAAGUCCCAAGACCUUCCAGCUUCACCUGCAGAACAGUAUCUCCAAGAAAAGCUUCCAGAUGAGGUGGUCCUGAAGAUUUUUUCCUACCUUCUGGAGCAAGACCUGUGCCAGGCUGCUUGUGUCUGCAAGCGCUUUAGUGAGCUAGCUAACGACCCUAUUUUGUGGAAGAGAUUGUACAUGGAGGUGUUUGAGUACACACGACCCAUGAUGCACCCAGAACCAGGGAAAUUCUACCAGAUAAACCCUGAAGAGUAUGAGCAGCCAAAUCCAUGGAAGGAAAGCUUUCAGCAACUGUAUAAGGGAGCACACGUAAAGCCUGGCUUUGCAGAACAUUUCUACAGCAAUCCAGCCAGAUACAAAGGCAGAGAGAAUAUGCUGUACUAUGACACCAUUGAGGAUGCGUUGGGCGGAGUUCAGGAGGCCCACUUUGACGGGCUUAUAUUCGUUCAUUCUGGAAUCUACACAGACGAAUGGAUCUACAUCGAGUCACCCAUUACGAUGAUCGGUGCAGCUCCUGGAAAAGUAGCUGAUAAAGUUGUCAUUGAGAACACUAGAGAUUCAACAUUUGUGUUUAUGGAAGGUUCUGAAGAUGCAUAUGUAGGUUAUAUGACCAUUAGGUUUAACCCUGAUGAUAAAUCAGCUCAGCAUCACAAUGCACACCACUGCCUGGAGAUCACCGUAAACUGCAGCCCGAAUAUUGACCACUGUAUUAUCCGCAGCACUUGCACAGUGGGGUCUGCUGUGUGUGUAAGUGGGCAAGGUGCGUGUCCUACCAUUAAACACUGCAACAUCAGUGACUGUGAAAAUGUGGGGCUCUACAUCACUGAUCAUGCACAGGGCAUUUAUGAAGAUAAUGAAAUCUCCAACAAUGCAUUAGCGGGGAUCUGGGUGAAAAACCAUGGCAACCCCAUCAUCAGGAGGAACCAUAUCCAUCAUGGCAGAGAUGUUGGCGUGUUCACGUUUGACCAUGGCAUGGGCUACUUUGAAAGCUGCAACAUCCACAGGAACAGAAUUGCAGGUUUUGAGGUAAAGGCGUAUGCCAACCCCACAGUGGUGCGCUGCGAGAUUCACCACGGUCAAACAGGAGGCAUCUACGUCCACGAGAAGGGCCGGGGCCAGUUCAUAGAGAAUAAGAUCUACGCUAAUAACUUUGCUGGUGUGUGGAUCACGUCAAACAGUGAUCCCACCAUUAGAGGUAAUGCCAUCUUCAAUGGAAACCAAGGGGGCGUUUACAUAUUUGGGGAUGGCAGAGGUCUUAUAGAGGGCAAUGAUAUUUAUGGAAACGCCCUGGCUGGCAUUCAGAUCCGAACCAACAGCUGCCCUAUAGUCAGACACAACAAGAUACAUGAUGGACAGCAUGGAGGAAUCUAUGUGCACGAGAAGGGCCAGGGUGUUAUUGAGGAGAAUGAAGUGUACAGCAACACUUUGGCAGGAGUCUGGGUGACCACAGGGAGCACGCCGGUGCUCAGGCGGAACAGGAUACACAGUGGCAAACAGGUUGGAGUGUAUUUCUACGAUAAUGGUCAUGGAGUAUUGGAAGAUAAUGAUAUCUACAACCACAUGUACUCUGGGGUACAAAUCAGAACUGGAAGCAACCCCAAGAUUAGAAGAAACAAAAUCUGGGGAGGGCAGAAUGGAGGCAUUCUUGUUUACAACUCUGGGUUGGGCUUCAUUGAGGACAAUGAGAUAUUUGACAAUGCCAUGGCAGGAGUAUGGAUCAAGACCGACAGCAACCCCACCCUACGCAGGAACAAGAUCCACGAUGGACGGGAUGGUGGUAUCUGCAUAUUUAACGGAGGAAGGGGCUUGUUGGAGGAAAAUGACAUCUUCAGAAAUGCCCAGGCUGGUGUCCUCAUCAGCACCAACAGUCACCCAGUGCUGAGAAAGAACCGAAUAUUUGAUGGUUUUGCCGCAGGUAUCGAGAUAACAAACCAUGCUACAGCAACUUUAGAAGGCAAUCAGAUAUUCAAUAACAGAUUUGGAGGGCUGUUUCUUGCCUCUGGAGUCAACGUCACAAUGAAAGACAACAAAAUAAUGAACAAUCAGGAUGCCAUAGAGAAAGCUGUGAGCAGAGGUCAGUGCCUGUACAAGAUUUCCAGUUACACCAGCUAUCCCAUGCACGAUUUUUACAGGUGCCAUACCUGUAACACAACGGACAGAAAUGCAAUCUGUGUGAACUGUAUUAAGAAGUGCCAUCAAGGCCACGAUGUCGAGUUUAUACGACAUGAUAGGUUUUUCUGUGACUGUGGUGCGGGAACGCUGUCAAACCCUUGCACAUUAGCUGGAGAGCCGACACAUGACACGGACACUCUGUACGACUCGGCACCUCCUAUAGAGUCUAACACAUUACAACACAACUGAGGCUCGGCCUGUUCUCCAUCUCAGCACCCUGGUCUUUAAUUUAUCCUGUCUACAACGUAAGAGCUUCUAUAACUUUGGUGUUAGAAAGACUCUACAUACAAAGGGACAGGACAACAAACUUUUUAGACUUGAAUAAAUUGUUGUAUGCUAAAGGAAACCAUUUUGAGUGGAGACAUGGGACUCCGUUGGAUCUCUGCCUGUUUGCUGGAUAGAGAUGCGUCUAUAUUGCUAAAAGGGUUCUGAUGCAAGCGGAUGCGAGAGAUUUUCCCCGUUCAUUUUCAGUUGGCUCUCAAUCUGCAAAGAUGUAAUAGUUGACUAAAGCUUUGGAAGAGUUAAGAGCUGCACAGAGAAGCAAUAUGUUGACUCAGGAUUCUGGAGAUUAAGAGAAGAGAUAACAUUGGCAUCAAAUUUCAGCAGAAGAGCGAUGGAAACGUCCAAACCGAUAAGCCUGUGCAGUCUCUGAUGUGUGCAGGUUCAGGUUCUUUUGCAGUUUUGUACAGAUGUAACAGUGGCCAGAAACCCACAGCCAUCACCCCUCCCCCAGAGACGCUGCCUGGAUAAGAGGGAGAGCCAUGAUGACAUGGCUUCCUUGGCAACUGUUUCUAGGUAACAGAUUUGCUGGUUAUAUGUAUGGUAUAAAAAUUGAAAAAAAUGUGGUUAGCACUUGCUUCGUCUUUUUUUUUUCCUCCUUUUUUUUUUUUUUAACGGUAAUGUUAUUCUGAUCAACAAAUAUGAUUUUAAUGCUUUCCCAUGUAGUUUUGUAUUUUCAAGCAAAAAUCUUACAGUAUUUGAAUGUCUUUUAUUUUAUUAUAUAUUAUAAUUAUUGUUAUUAAUAUUUUCGUUAGCGCAUGUUAGGCUUGUAAUCAUACUGUGUCUCAGCAUAUAAAUUCUUUCUGUGAAAGAGGAAUAGUGAAAAGAAAAAAAAAAAGAUUUGGAAAACACUACAAUGUCCUCCAGCUAUGGUUUUCGAUAGGCAAGGUAUGAAGCAAUGUGUUUUUUUGUUUUGUUUUUUUCCCCUCCUCUGGGGUUUUAAUUUUUUUUCUGGCUGUGUCUCUUAUAAGCCUGUAUGUGGUCUCAGUGUUUGCUUCAUCUUUCACUGCCAUUAGGUAUACAGGGCCAUUUACCCUGUUUUUUUUUUUUUUUUUUUUUUUUUUAAACUCGGUGUCUGAUGUCUGCCUAAACAUUUGGAAACAUAAUUUCUAACCAGACUUUAAAGUGCUAAUAAGGUCCCAAAGUCAAUGGAAGUGUUUGUAAACACUGGAACAUUUAUUAACGAUUAUGUGAAGUCAUGCUUCACUUAUGCUUUUUUUUUUAUUCUUGUCCAAAGAAUUAAUCUCAUGGACAGUGAUGAAUAUUUUUCCCAGUUUUAUUAGAAUAUAUGGUUUCUUUUUGGCCCUUGGCCGCUUUAUGUGCCUGUUUUUGAGUGAUGAAUAUAAUUGAAAAGCAUUGCUGGAGUUUGCCAUGUUUUAAGGCCCUGGCCUCUUCGAAGCUGAAACACAAGUCUCUACAGCCUCAUUGUCUUUUUGCCCCUCUCUUCAUCAUCCCCAUCUCUGUGUAAUGUGGUGACUGUGGCUUCUCAUGCCGCCGCAAUUGUAUGCAUGUACCAUAACAUCUAGACUUAAUAUAUUGUGAAGUAUUCAAUAACCAUUAUGUAGAUGCUAGUGUGAAUUCAAAAAGGGUUUAAUUUCCUAGAAAACAAAAGAAAAAGGAAACUGGUCAUUUUUAAGAAAAUAAACUUUAUUAGAUCAAA